GAAAACGCCAGAAGCUGCGCUAGUGUCGCUAUUCCCCUUCGAAACUGUUCCUUGACUGUUCCAUUUCGUAAACUUGAUUCUUUGACGAACGGACUCUGUAAUGGCCACUUCCAAAACUACAAAUACUUAUAAUAGACAAAAUUGGGAAGAUGCUGAAUUUCCGAUAUUGUGUCAGACAUGUUUGGGCGAUAAUCCGUAUAUUCGCAUGACAAAGGAACGCUAUGGCAAAGAAUGUAAAAUAUGCAUGCGUCCAUUCACGGUGUUCAGAUGGUGUCCAGGUGCACGAAUGCGUUUCAAAAAGACUGAAGUUUGUCAAACAUGUAGCCGCCUGAAAAACGUAUGUCAGACGUGUCUCUUAGACUUGGAAUAUGGCCUGCCAAUCCAAGUACGAGAUGCUGCGUUGAAAAUUAAAGACGAUUUGCCAAGAUCUGAUGUGAAUAAGGAAUACUAUGUUCAGAACAUUGACAAUGAAAUAGGCAAACUGGACGCAACAACACCAGCAGGUGCUGUUGGUAAAUCAGCUGCCGCCAGCGACUUGCUGAUGAAGUUAGCAAGGACAAGUCCAUAUUAUAAAAGAAACAGACCUCACAUUUGCUCAUUUUGGGUGAAAGGAGAGUGUAAGAGAGGGGAAGAGUGCCCUUAUCGUCAUGAGAAGCCCACAGAUCCCGAUGAUCCAUUAGCAGAUCAAAAUAUCAAGGAUCGUUACUAUGGAGUAAACGAUCCAGUUGCUGACAAAUUGAUGCGCAGAGCAGCGGCAAUGCCGAAAUUGGAACCACCUGAGGACAAAUCAAUAACAACUUUGUACAUUGGAAAUUUAGGGGAUGUUUUGACAGAAAAACAGUUGCGUGAUCAUUUCUAUCAAUAUGGUGAAAUUCGAUCAAUUACAAUGGUACCGCGGCAACAGUGUGCCUUCAUUCAAUACACACAGCGAAGCGCGGCCGAAGCAGCCGCUGAAAGAACAUUUAACAAACUAAUAUUGGGAGGAAGACGUUUGACCAUAAAGUGGGGCAGGUCACAAGGCCGACAGGCUAUUUCAGCCGCAGAAACGAUCAGGGAAAUGUUAGAGCCUGUUCCAGGGCUUCCUGGGGCUCUUCCCCCUCCACCUGAGAAUAUGGGUAACAAUUUCUUCAAUUUGCAAGCCACACCAGGAAUCAUGAUGAUACCCCCACCUCCAGUAGCUCCACAAUUUAUGUUCACUCCUCCAAUGGCUGCUGCUGCACCUAUCUUUCCUCCAGGAACUACACCAAUUCAUUAUCCAAGUCAAGACCCAUCGAGGAUGGGAGCAACGCAGGGUAUUGGCAAACCGUGGCCAGAAGAAGAUUAAUAUUUGUAUCUGGUGUAAUAUCACUGUAAAUAUAGGACUAAUAUAAUUACUUCUAUUCCAAAAUAACUUCAUGCUUUGUCACUAAUGUGAUAAACGAAGGGAGUUUGAUAAAAAUUAAGGGAAGCAGUCAGAUUGAUAUGCACUUGAUAACUGGAAAAUUUGUAUGCCCAUCUUCAUUAUUCACACUGUGGGAAUAAUGGGCUGGGUUUCAUAUGAUAUGGAAACUUUUACAAUAUUAAACUUCUCUGUAUUAGAUAACAAAUAAAAAAAGCUGGAUCAAAAGUAAAUGACAUCUGUCUUAUUUAUAUUAUUUGUAUACCACUUCACAAUUCAGUCUGCACGAUAGUUUUAACCAUUGCCAGCAAUUUGCUGCAACAGUGUAUGAACGUAAAAAUUUAUCGAACAACCACGUGAAAUUCCAGAACAUUUUCACUGAAUUCGCCUGGCACGACGUGAUACGAAUCCAAAGGCCUGAAAUAAGAUGAGUAAGCUUUAUACAAUAAAAUACUUUAUUCUGUAAGCUGCCAUUAAAAGGAUCUACAUUAUUACAUAUAAUAAUUGAUCAAGUUUUAAAAAUUGUUUGCAUAUUAAACUAUGAUAAAAAGUAUCUAUGGGAAUAAAUAAUUUUGGCGAUGGAUUGAAGAUCGAUGAAAGCAUUGGGAUUCAAAAAUUUGUAGAUAUAAAGAUAAAUUCAUGGAAGGCACUAUGCAUGUGA